AUGUUUCUCUUUGAUUUUCUUUCUCUGUCUCUCUUACAUCCUCUCUGUACUUUCUCCCCGUCUCCUUUGAUAUUUCUCUCUCUCACUUUCACUUUCUCUUCUAUUCUAUGUUUCCCCUUUGAUUUUCUUACUCUGUCUCUCUUACAUCCUCUCUGUACUUUCUCCCCGUCUCCUUUGAUAUUUCUCUCUCUCACUUUCACUUUCUAUUCUAUUCUAUGUUUUCCCUUUAAUUUUCUUACUCUGUCUCUCUUACAUCCUCUCUGUACUUUCUCCCCUUCUCCUUUGAUAUUUCCCUCUCUCACUUUCACUUUCUCUUCUAUUCUAUGUUUCCCCUUUGAUUUUCUUACUCUGUCUCUAUUACAUCCUCUCUGUACGUUCUCCCCUUCUCAUUUGAUAUUUCUCUCUCUCACUUUCACUUGCUAUUCUAUUCAAUGUUUCCCCUUUAAUUUUCUUACUCUGUCUCUCUUACAUCCUUUCUGUACGUUUUCUCCCUCUCCUUUGAUAUUUCUCUCUCUCUCUUUCACUUUCUAUUCUAUUCUAUUUUUUCCCUUUAAUUUUCUUUCUCUCUGUCUCUCUUACAUCCUCUCUGUACUUUCUCCUUCUCCUUUAAUAUUUCUCUCUCUCUUACUUUCACUUUCUCUUCUAUUCUUUGUUUCCCCUUUAAUUUUCUUACUCUCUCUCUCUUACAUCCUCUCUCUACUUUCUCCCUUCUCCUUUAAUAUUUCUCUCUCUCUUUUUUUUUCUUCUAUUCUAUGUUUCCCCUUUUAA